GACAAUGAACUUGAGAUAUUUUCAUCUCUCUCUUUUUUUCCUUUUCUUUAUCUAAUUCGCAAUUUUUCAAGUUUCCAUUAAUCGCACAAGUGAUGAAGCAAAUCGUGUCUUUUAUAUUGAAACAAAAUAGCGAAAGUGCUCAUCAUCCGUAAACAAUCUGAGAUUCUUUCACGGCUAGUUGACAUGAAAUUGACAUCUAUGAAUCGAUCUGUCAAGGGUAAAAAAAAGAGAGCUUAUAAACCAAGAGACCAUUCGAUCAGUUCAAUCGUUCUUGAGACGUUGUUCUUUGAACUCUUCAAUAUUUUUCAAUCGGAUUUUCUCAAAUUUUUCUAAAUAUAUUUAAAAUGUUACAGAGGAUUUCACCCUUAAUAAUUCUUGUUUCGAUGCAAGUGAUGCUGAAAGUUGUCGAAGGAAAAACACAUGUCCAUUUCAAAAUUCAUGUUCCGGAAUUUAUAAAGCAUCACAUUCACACAAAAACAAUAUUUCUUCACAUUCAUCCACUGCCAAAGGAUCAUCCAAAGGAACCUCCAAAAAAGGAGCCUCCAAAAAAGCAGCCACCAAAAAAAAAUCACUACGAAGAAAGUAAUUUUGAAGAUUGGAAUUCUUACACAAGUUACAAUAAUGAAAAUAAUCAUCAAGAAAUUGGAGAGAAUGGCGAAAUUUUCAAAUCCGGUCACAAUAAACAAAAAUGCAUCAAGGGCAAUAAUUAUCAAAAUGAUAAUUACGAUUCAUAUUUUCCCACUUCGUAUGAAAAUAUAAAUCCAGAGGAUUAUUAUAAUGAAGUCUCGUUGCAGAAUGAUAAUCAUAAUUCUAACUAUAAUCCAAAUUUAAAUUCCAAUCCAAAUUUAAAUUCUAAUCCAAAUUCAAAUUCCAAUCAAAAUUUUAAUUCGAAUCCAAAUGAUCAUUAUAAUCAAAAUUAUAAUUCUCAGCCAAAUUAUAAUUCGAAUCCAAAUUUGAAUAAUUAUAAUUUUAAUCCAAACGAUAAUCCUAAUUAUUCUAAUAAUGUUUAUUCACAAUAUGACGCUGGACAAGAUGUAACUGGUUAUAUGUAUCCACCACAAUAUGCGAUUCAUGAGGAUGUUAAUGAUAUUCCUAAUAAUGAAAUUGAACAAUUUGAUGUCUAUGAGAAUGGAUAUAAAAGGGGUCUCGAAUCGGAAACAGGACAUUUGAUUACGAAAAAUUUAAAAGAUUUUUAUGACGAUAAAUUUGAGGAAGCUGGCGAAUUUGCGGAAAAUGAUGAACAAAGUGAAAAUGAUAAACAUAUUUCUGAUUUGUAUCAAGGAAAUUAUGAUAGGGAAAUCACACAUAGAGAUCGUUCAACUAAUAAAAAUGGACAGAGGCGAAUUUUUUCUUCAAAAAUAAUUGUCAGAUAAUUAACAU